AACUCAUGAUCAUCUAACAUCAUAUAUGCUUCACCCGAUCUCUCUCUCUCUCUCUCUCUCUUCAUCUAUUUCAUAUUGAGUUUAAUUAAAUUCUCUUCUGAAUCUUGUUUAUGUGAAUCACAUCAUAUCUUAACAUUAUGGGGGACUCUUCUGCUUCGUACAUACAUAUGGUGCAGCACCUAAUAGAGGAGUGCCUUAUCUUCAACAUGAGCAAAGAAGAGUGCAUGGAGGCCCUCUCCAAGCAUGCGAACAUCACACCAGUCAUCACUGCUACUGUGUGGAAUGAACUAGAGAAAGAGAACAAAGAAUUCUUUGAGGCCUAUUCUCGAUCUCGGAAGAAGGAAGAUCGAAUGUCAGAGACAGAAACAAAUGCAAUGAUUCAAAAGAUAGUAUCUGAUCAUGAUCACAAUGAUGAUGAUGAUGAUGAUGAUGAGGAAAAUCCCAAGGAUCCAGAAGAUUAACACACGCCAUAGAAAUCAAACUUAUGAUUUACUGGUUGGGAUGCCGUUUCUUAUAAUUCGUAUACCUUAACCUCCUCACUUCACAUAUGAAUUCUUCACAUCCAGCCAAACUCAUAUAGACUAUUUUAAAAGGGCCCCUACAUCAUUGAAAAUUGAAACUACGGACUUAGUACCCUGUGGUCCCUUUCCACAUAAUCAAUGAAAUCUUGAGGAUUUCCUAUCAAGACGUGCCACAUCCCCCAGAUAGGAAAGGUUUCCUUGUGCAAUCUUUGCUAUUUCCUGAUCAUAUGAUCGUCGAGUAAUGACAAACAUAUGGAUGCCUCAUGAUUAUUAUUAUUAUUAUUAUUAUUAUGUGUGUUUUGUGAAUAUUCUAGAGAGUGACAUAUUAUUGGAGGAUGGAAAUGCAAGAAGGGUACCUGGAUUAUUCUUUCUUUGAUUUGUUACUAUCGUCUAUCAUUCUAUAUAAAUAAAUUUGUCGUAUAAAUUUGUUUCUUUGCUGUCA